AUGAGGAUACCUCGACCCAGUUCCUUACUUGCCUGCAUCACAUUCGUCCCGUGUAUCUUGUUGUCGUUAUCCUCUGAAGAUGGGGGAAAUGGCGUCGAUGAUGAAAUUCUCCAACAAAUCAAUGUCAUGAUGGAGUGGCUGAUUGACGAAGAUGGAUCGAUGGAUCCUCGAAUAGAAAUCAGACGGUCCAAUUCCAAAGAUCCCAACUCUAGAAUUGGUAUUUUUGUCAAGGAGGCCAUCCAGACAGAUGAAUUGCUGAUUGAGAUUCCAGGGGAGAUCAAGAUUCAGCUAGACGAUAUUAUCCCAAAGAAAGAGUCGGAUGAUGAUGGGUCCAACGACGACGAUUCCUCCUCCGACGAGGAUAAAGAAAAGGCCAGCAAGGACUACCAAGAUCACAUUUGCAAAUUAGCAUGGGCCCUGAGAGAUGAAUAUGAUGACGAAGAAGACAGCGAGUUUUAUCCAUAUAUAACGUAUCUUCAGUUGCAACCUUUCCCAAGGGUUCCAGCCAUGUUUUCCACAGCAGCUCAACAUUUGUUGCUUCAGACCCAACGUGAAAUCGCCGUUCGAACGCUUGAUGGAUUUGAAGAGUCGAAUGAUAUCGUCAUGUGGCCAUGGAGACUGUAUGAAGAGGACUGUAUACAGGACGAUGACGAUGAAGGCAACAGUCUGAAUCCGUACUUUAUCACAAUGGCAGUCCAAAUGGGCUUGGAACAUGCCUUUGUACCUUUCUACGAUUUGGUGGCCCAUCACAGUGACAACGCCAAGAUCAAUAUCUUCACAAAACCUUCUAUCUUUAGCGAUGAAGAUUUCGGUAUAUAUGCAUCCCGCGAUUUGGAACCAGGCGAGGAACUUUUUCGUUCGUAUCGAGAGUGUCACGAUUGUCCUACAGGACGAGCCGACUACUUGGGUACGCCGGAGAUCCUUCGAGAUUAUGGAAUUGUGGAACCAUAUCCCCAAACCUUUCAUUUUGACGACGAUAUCGUAGUCAUUGUCGAUGAAAUGGGAGAAGGAAAAUACGCUGCUAGGUGUCUCAAUGACAAGUGUCCUUCGAAGCCAAUGGUGGAAGCACGAAUCAAGGAUUUGACAGGAGUUAUUGCAUACAUGAUGCAAACUUCAGAACCCAUCAUGGAAAAUUCCGAAUACGAUACGAUAAAUGAAUAUCACAAGGCACUGGUGGUGGCAAUGACAACGGUUCUGCCACACUGUGCUGAUGAUCCAACAGCAGUGAAUCCUCCUCAUCAUCCGCCCAUCAGGAGUUUGGAGGAGCCGGCUACAAGUACUAACGAGAAAGACUCUGACAAGAAAGACGAGCUCUGA